CAGAACUUGGUCAUCUGCUGCAAUUAUGAAGCACAACCCAAUCCUCGACUUAUCAGGGGUUUUAUUGAUGCUCGGUGUCAUCCAAGGUCAUUUCAUGUCUCAGAAAUCAUGUGAAGACCAAGGUAUGAACCACUGUGGCUCACACAAUGGGCAACAACAACAUGGGGACAACCAAAAUGGAACAUGCUACGAUCCUCAACGUGAUAUGUGUUGUGGGGGUCACGUGUACCAAAAGGGCAGGCAGGAUCAAUGCUGCAGUGGGGCUGGAGUACCGUACCACAUCAAUGAACAAAUAUGCUGUGGAGACAAAGUUCUGAGCAUUACAGAAAAUCCUGACAUAGACUGCUGUAUUUCACGUGGCAUGAAGACUGCAGUGAGCUUUAACAGGUCACAGUCUAUCUGCUGUAAUGGGGAAGUACGUGGAAAACUGCAUGGAGAUAAUACAUGGUGCUGUGGAAACGAGGUGUACCACCAGCCUCAGGAGAGAUGCUGCACCAACACCCUUUUAUUUCCCACUUCCCUGAAACAUGAAAUAAAACCAGCAUCUGAAAUCCAUGCCACCACCAGAUGUUGUGCACCUGUUGGAAAGUUCUACAAUAGUUCCACUGAGGUUUGUGACAGGGUCCGUAGAAAAAUCAUCGCUAAAACAUCACCAACCCAGACAGCUGUAUGCAAUAGAACUCUGUAUGAUUCAAACCAUCAGAUUUGUUGCAGGGGGUAAACUUCUGAAUUACAGUGAGAGUUCUGGGCAAUAUGGCUGCUGCGGUAACACUGUGUAUGACAUCAACACGCAGUUGUGUUGCAACAGUGAACAAAGUUACUCUCCUUCAAUACAGUUAUGUUGUAAUGAUGGUGUCAGGGAAGGUAGCAGUAACACAUACGGGUGCUGUGGAAAAGGUCUUUACAGACUGAGGAAUGAGGUGUGUUGUAAUGGUAAAAACCACCGUCUCAGGUCCAGGCGCCACAAGGAGUGCUGUGGCAGAGAGGCAUUCAAUCCAGGUUACACAAAAAAAUGCUGCCACUUAGAAAAUGGCUCCAGCAGAGUGUACAACUCGAGGAGAAAAUCUUGUUGUGGAGGUAAAUUGAUAAAUGGCCAGCUCGGUUGCUGUGGUAACAAUUUCUUUAACAAAUCAAAUGCAGUCUGCUGUGGAAAUCGAGUUCUUUCAACCAAUCAACCAGACAUAAUGGACUGCUGUCUAGACCCUGAAAACGGAAUUGCCAGACUAUAUAAUAUAUAUACACAGUCAUGCUGUCGAGGACAUCUACAUAGUAGGGGAUUUCAACAGUGUGGAGACAGCUGCUUUGAUCCAAGUCAAGCCACUUGUUGCAGAGGUGUCCUUCACCCUGGUCAAGGUCAAGGCUAUGAUUGCUGUGGCACACAAUUGUACAACAAUACAGUGGAUUUGUGCUGCAUGUUUGUUGUACACAAAAAUGCAAAACUUCAGAAGAGCAUAUGUUCAGGACGUAACAUUGUGGAGUCUCCCAGGAAUAGGGGAAGUACUGAAUCAGAGCACCAGGACUGCCCUACCCGUCAUGCAGACAGACAGUCUCUUAAAAAAGCAUUUCUCUCUUCUUCUGUUGUUUUGCAAGGAAAAGUUGCAAAACGGUAUUCUGUUCCAUUCUCUGCAGUCAUCCUAAAAAAUGUGCAGAUGUUAUUUUGGAUGGGACAUAAUAGCAAACCUCAGCUGAAGAAGAGGAUCAAGGUUGUCACAAAGGACACUUGUAACUGCAGCACAACUUUAGAACCACUGAAGCAGAAAGUACUAUUGAUAAAAAAAUCUAACAUGUCAGACUUCUCUACCAUUUUUCUCGGAGGAAAGGAUUUUCUUUUGAGAAGAGAUCAGAAUGUUAAGAGAAUGAUAGAAUGGUAUAAGAUCAAAAAUGCAAAAAAGGAAAUUUUAUGAAUGAUAAUACUCGUCUGGAAAUUGAGACAAAAAGACUAGCAGAGUUUGACUUUCUGAAGUGUUGUGAAAUAUUUUCAAAGCCAGCCCAUGUGAAUUCAUUAACGGCCAGCAGAUGCACUCUUAUGUUCCAUGCAUCAAAUCGAAAAAGCUGUUUACUUGGAUAAUAAUCUCAAUACUUUCAACAUUCCUGUACGUGCUCACAAAUGUGUAGAUCAAUGGGCAUUAUUAUUUAUAUUAUAUACAUUUCUGCACAUUAUUUUCUACAGUCAAGUACUUGUAAUAACACUAUUUCUUAAUUAUCUAUCUAGUCCAUUUCAUUGUGUUAUUUGUCUUUGUGAUUGUUUGUCUUUAA